CGCUCUUCUUAUCACUUCGUACUCUAUUCAUAUACACAGAACUCCUCCGCCCCGCCGUACAGCGCUACACCACCGGCCCCGCUAUACACAGCGCUUCUCUAUCCUGUGCAUUGGAUAUCCAGCAUGGGCUGCAGCAAUUCAUCAUCUGCGGGAGGUUGCAGGGAACCUUCCAAAGACACGACAGAUGAUGCUUCUUCUCAAGAUGAAAAAGAUGAAAACGAUGAAAAACGCAGGAACUAUGGCGGUGUAUAUGUAGGUCUACCAGCAGAUGCAUCAAUGUAUAGUUCAAAAGAAGCACAAGUUGCAGCCUCCAGCCAAUCCUAUGCACAGAACACACAGCCUGGCUCUUCUCUACCAGAGAACAUCUGCUAGCACAGCAGAGCUUUCAAAGCCUUUGAACGUUCGCUUUACGGGUAAAUGCGAGUCCACGACUUACUCCUGGAUAUACUCUUUGCAGAGGACAUUGUAUGGUUCACAUCUCAAAGCUGCUACCCCUGUGCUUUACUUGAGCCUACAACAAGCCAGUAACAAGUUUGUGUUGUUUGAUACCAAACUGUCUGUCAGAUGGAGCGCUUUAAAAAGGUAGUGGUAGUUUAAUGGUGUACGUGAAGACUUUUUUCCUCUUUGGAUCAGGGCCAUGAAACUGCAGAUGCAUUAUGAAAUAUUCAGGGACAGAGUGCCUCUUCCUGCCCUGGAAACUGGUGGCCAAUUUGGAAGCUGCAGUGAUGAGCAGAAUUGCAAUCAACCUAUAAACCUUUCAGGAUGAUAUGGAAUUUCUGCUACAAUAAUAAACUGCAGAUGAUCUUUGCCGACUUGGAAAGACAGGCCUUAAUGGGAAUCAAGUGAAAUGGGUUUCAUUAUACAAUUUAGUACAUGUUACUUAAAAGCUUACUUAAAGUGGAUGUAAACCCUAUAUACAACCAGUGAAGUGAACAGCCGCAGAUGAGAACAUGGAUGAACUAAAAAUCGCCCCACAUUUAUAUACCGUUUAUAAAGUUCAGAUCGUGAGGACAUUUUCUCUUCCUGUUUAAAACACAGAGUGUGAUGUCAGGGCACAUAGCUAAAAUGGAGGAAAGGCACAC